AUGUUCAUCAACCAGUUAUCGGCACUGCAGUUGUUGAAGCUUCCAACAUCCCACCUUGGGACGAUCAAACAACGAGAUUGCGAGUCCCUGACCGAUUAUAUCACCAGGUUCAUGGACGAGCACGUUAAGGUGCUAAACUGCACCGACGAGAUGGCAAUAAUAUACUUCACCACCGGGUUGAAAGGUAGAAACCUAGUGAUGAAGCUCAGCAGCAAGCCAGCUACCUUGUUCAAUGAGCUACUCACUCUCGCAGGGAGGUACAUCGAUGGCCUCGAGCUCUGGCAGGCCAACGACGGCAAACGCUAUAGUAGUCGAGAUGACAAGUCUCAGAAGAAACGGGGCGAUGAUCGUACUUCAAGUCGCCUACCCGAGGAGAAGACUUCCGAGCAACGUAGUGACGCUCGAACUGAAUCAAAAAAUACGCCUCAGUUCGACAAGUACACGCCGACCAACAGACCCAUAGCGGAAAUUCAUGCAGUUGUGGAGGAAGGUGGAUUUGAGAAUUUACUCUCACUGCUAGGAAAGAGUCGCAAGCAGAGCGGUAAAAAGGAUAAGACGAAGUACUGCCGGUUCCAUAAAGACCACGACCACGAUACCUCGACCUGCUAUGCACUGAAAGACCAAAUUGAAGACCUCAUUUGA